AUGAAUCAGCCGUUCAAAAAUCAGUUUAUCAAUGAUCGCGAUCGAUCGCAGCGGUCCGUAUUUGUUGGAAAUAUAUCGUACGAUGUUCCCGAGGAUAUUAUUCGAUCGAUUUUCACCAAAGUUGGUCCGGUGGUUUCGAUGAAAAUGGUCCACGAUAGGGAGACGGGAAAACCGAAAGGCUACGGAUUCAUCGAAUACGCCGAUGUGAACACCGCCGAAAUGGCGAUUCGCAAUCUUAAUGGGUACGAAUUAAGCGGGCGUCCGCUGCGCGUCGACUCAGCCGCUCACGGCGCGAACACGAUCGACGAGAUCAGUGCACCGCAGGCGGUCGUCGCGCCGCAAGAGGAGAAUCCGUACGGAUCGGAAGUCGAGCCCGGCAAGGCUCCAGAAGCCAUCUCGAAGUGCGUCGCCUCGUUGGCGCCGGAGAAGAUGUUCGAGUUGAUGAAACAAAUGAAAGACGCAGUCCACGCGAAUCCGAACGAAGUGAAAGCGAUGCUGACAUCGAACCCGCAACUCGCGUACGCGCUCCUUCAAGCGCAAGUCGUGAUGCGAAUCGUCGAUCCGCAAGUCGCCAUGGCGAUGCUCCACCGCGAAACCUCCACCAACAUCACACCAUUCCACCAUAUGCAAACGUCGGCCGGCCCAUCGCCGAGUCCGUUCGCGAUGCCCACGACGAGCGCACCAAUGAAGCCGCCAACAGUGGCUCCAGUGGCGGUUGGCGGUGGCUAUGCGGGUGGCUACGCGCCCGUCACCCAAAUGCCGCCACCAUUCGCCCAACCGCCGCCGCCAAUGGUCGCCCAAACGCCAAUGCAACAACAACAACAACAAUCCGACAUCACGCCCGAAGAGCAACAGAACGCCCAACUCCUCAUGCAGGUCAUGCAGCUCUCCGAGGAGGAGCUCGAGCUGCUGCCACGUGGCGAUCGCGAGAAAAUCAUCGAACUUCGCCAACAGCUCAAACGCAAUGUCAAAUAG